AUGUUUUUUGUAGGAUGCUACCCACAUGUACUAAACAUUAUGCUGAGAAAAAUGUGCCAGGCUGGGUUUGGGGCCAAGGGUGACAUGAGCAACCCCCAUGUUUUACAAUUACUCCAUAAAAUAUCUUGGCUCCAUCAUGAGCAUCCAAGCCAAUACAAAGUUAUGUAUGUUUCUCUUGGUAUUCUAAGUAAAGAGCCACCCCUUACCCAGACAUUCAUAGACACAAGGUGGACAUAUUAUCAUGAAACUCUCCAGUGGUAUCUUAAGUAUGGAAAAGCUUGUUUACAGCUCGCUGAGUGUCUCCUUGAAAGAUUGCCAAAAUCAGAUAGCCACCAGACUAUUUGGCAAGAUGUCAUUAAGCUGAGCUCCAGUCCUAUGAUUCAAGUUGAAAUCAAGUUUUUGUUUGAAUUCCUCGAUAAGUUUAUCAUCCCAUCUCUGAAUACAUCCCAAGCUAGUGAUGCAGAACUUGGAUUCUCCAGUGGUUACCUAGCAAGGUUAUGGCCAGCAACUGUUCUGAAGCACCAUGAAACUUUAAGUAAAAUGUUGAUGUCUCCUGCAGAAUAUUUUCCUUUAACAUCACAACAGGUGAAGAUGUCAUUGAAGGACCCAGCAGCUAUCAACCACUUUCACAAACAAGUGCAGAGGCCAAUGUUACAAGAAGCAAUUAAAGUAAUUAAAGAUCAUGGAGCAGAGUGGUUAACUUUUCCCAAGUUGUUUGGAAUGGGAGCUGAUCAGAGAUACCAAAGUCCUUUCUGGCAUUCAGUUUUAAAGCUUCUUGAAAUUCCAGUCAGAUCUGAGAAUCAACAAGAAAAGUCAGUCAACAAUCUCUUUCAUGCACAUGGACAGAACAUUCUAACAUUGGUGUCUAAGGAUAGAGUUGGAUUGAUUAAAUGGGCCACUCUUUGGAAAUUGAUGGAACCACAAUUGCUCAGUGAGAUCAAAGAAAUUGCUUCAUCACCACACAGCUCACUCAUAAGUAAAGAAGCCACUCCUAACCUGUUUGAGUUCUAUGCCAAGCACAUUUUCAGUCUUCCAGUUAACAAUGUUCUUGCUGAAAGACAGUUCAAUCUUUCUCAACUGUAUCUUAAUGAUAACAUGUCAGAGUUAUCAAAACAGGCCUCAAUCACAUUUGUUGAAAAUAUUCUGCAUAGUGGAAAAACCAACACCAGAACCACAGAAGCAGCACGUGAAGUUCAUGAAGAAAGAAUGAAAGAUUAUACCCAAAUGCUCACCACAGACGUUUUGCAAGAGGCAAGAAAGAACCUAAACAAGAUUAGAGAAAACUGCACACAUGGGCCACUUACUGCAAAGGAUGUUUACCCUAGAGCUUGGGUAGAGAAGAAAGUAAACAAUAACUUACCAGAAACAAUUCAGUCACUAAAAGCAGAUGGUCGCAAACUUAAACUUCAAUGGAAGGCUUCUGCCAAGGGAACAUCUGCACUGGAGGGACAGAGGUCAUUCAACCCAACAGUAAUUGAGGGAGUUACCUGUACACCUGAUGGACAAGUUCCAAGACUCAUGCAGCUAGCGGCACUAAAGGUGUGGAACUAUGGGGAGGAGCUACCAAUUUAUGAUCUACCAAGAGAAUGCCAGUUGUGUCUACAAAAUCUUCCAAAUGUCUUCCAGCCUCCAACUACUUAUCUUUCCACAUCCCACAUGUCUGAACAUGUUACACUGUUGCCUGCACAUGAAGAAUAG